AUGCCACCGAAGGAGGUCAUGGUAUGCCCAAGCACACCUAUGCCAAGAGGCUACGGGUUCUUACCUAAGGGCAUUCGAUACAAGACAUUGCACUGUCGGAAGCUCACUCACGACGUAGGCAAAACGCUGUACAUCGUUGUAGAUGCGAAGAAACGACAGCUUGGUCUGCGAGUGCCAACUUUCAUCCUUCACCAGGUGCAUUGGAAGGCCAAAGAGACUUUGGCAGCUCGGCGCGCUGCAGUUGAGAAGCGCGAUGCGUCCUUGAUCGACGCUGCGGCCACUGAGCUUGAAGAGCAGUUCUCAGAAAUGCCAGAGGAAGAAAAGAAGCUUGUGCUGAGACACGGCUUUAGGAAGUACUCAGGUCGCGUUGGCAGGACUGGUACGAUCCCGCUGCAGCGUAAGACUUUGCUGGGGGUCAUUGCCCAUGUGCGCCACAGGCACACAAAAUACGAUAGUGUGUUGGCGCGUGGAGUGGAGAGAGCCGUGGCGAGGAAGGCCGUCAAUCGAAAGAUCGAAAGUGUCUUACGGGACUGGGGUUAUGUAGAAGCCAACAUCAAGCGGGUAGCGAAGUGGAAUGAUAUGUUCGCUCUUGCGGCUAAGGCACCUACAGAGUAG